UUGAAGUGCGGUGACCGUUACAGCCGUUGCAGCUGGAAAUGUGCGCGUGUUUCGAGUCAGACUUUCGCGGGACGCGUUACAGAGCUGGAAACUCUCGGUGAACGCUUAGAGGCGGGACAGUCUGGAGGCGGGGAGGAGAAGAAAUCAUUGUUUUGGUUUGGACUACCCCCCUCCCCUCUGUGUUUGCCCUCCUGCCCUGUUUCUGCGCUGACAGACUCCACAAUGCGUCCUGCGCGCGCGCCUCUUUCUCUUUCUCCUCAACGCUGUUUUUGAACCCGCGCGGAACUGUUAGUCUAAUUCUCUACGGUGCGGAUUGUAUAUGUGUGCUUGGGGGGGUGUUUAUAAAAUUUUUAUAAAUUGGAGGGUAAAAUGCCCGGCAGGAACAGGUACAACCUGGUGGACGACGCGGCGGAUUCGCGCGUGCCGCUUCACAACGACGAGGCAUUUCAGCACGGCAUUCAUUUCCAAGCCAAGUAUAUUGGUAGUCUGGAUGUCCCGAGACCCAACAGUCGCAUGGAGAUCGUCGCUGCCAUGCGGAGAAUCAGAUACGAGUUCAAGGCGAAGAGCAUUAAGAAGAAGAAAGUGAACAUGGUGGUCUCGGUGGACGGCGUAAAAGUAAUACUUCGCAAGAAACAGAAGAGGAAAGAGUGGACAUGGGACGAGAGUAAAAUGCUUGUGAUGCACGACCCAGUGUAUAGGAUUUUCUAUGUGUCCCAUGACUCACAAGAUUUAAAGAUUUUUAGUUAUAUUGCCCGAGAUGGUUCAAGCAACACCUUCAGAUGCAACGUCUUCAAGUCCAAAAAGAAGAGUCAGGCAAUGCGUAUAGUGAGGACAGUCGGUCAGGCCUUCGAGGUGUGCCACAAGCUGAGCCUGCAGACUGCGGAAGGACAGAUGGACAAACAGAUGGGCAGACUUGCACUCGGAGAGAGUGGAAAAUCUGACGAGGAGACACCCAGUGAAGGUCAUGAGUUAACUGAAGCUGAACACCUUACUAGCAUAGACCUGGAGAUGAAGUUGCUGCCAGCCAGUGCUUGUGAACAUGCUGCCACCGAUGUCCUUCAGAGCCUAUCAGAGCUCAACAUGGUGAAGCCAGGACAAACUUUCCAGGACCUAGAGGAGAUGCCACUUCGCUCUCUGUCUCCCAGCAGCCCUCGCUCUCUGUCUCUCACACCAUUAGCUGACCAGCACCACCUACAGUUGUUACAGCAGCAGGUACUCCAGCAGCAACAUCAAGCUCAAGUUGCUGUGGCACAGGUGCAGCUGCUGAAGGAUCAGAUAGCGGCAGAGACGACUGCCAGGAUGGAGGCUCAGGCCAGGAGUCACCAGCUGCUGCUCCAGAACCGAGACCUGCUGCAGCACAUAGCGCUGCUGGUCCAGCAUGUCAGGGAGAUGGAGGCCAAGCUCAACGGCCAUGCAAAGAAUAAAGACUGGAGAAUCUUGUCAUCAUGUUCUCUCGCUCUCAACCUGAAAAACCACUACAGUUCAGACCAGCCCAUCACCUCCACCCCAGCAGCAGAGGUCCAAGUCAACCCUACAGCACCCUAUACCAUGGGCUGCGCCGAGUCCUACCUCAGCCUGCUGGGAACUGGAACGUCAAAUCCCGUCACAGCCAAUAGCAAUCCAGGGGAAGCAGGACAUAAGCAGAGAACAAGCAGCACGAGCAGUGAUUUCACGAAGUUCAAUUCAGCAGUUGUGGAUCAGCGAUGUUCAGGGGUUAAAGAAAUAAUCCCGAAACUAGACCCGCCUCCUCCUCCUCCUGUCAGCCGAAAGCGACCGAACAGGACGGGUUCAGAAACGGCAUCGAGUCUGGCCUUCAGCUCGUCCUUCCCUGACAUCACACCCUGUUUUGUUUCUCCUGGAGAGUUCAGCAACGACCUCAGUGCGUCCUGUUCGCCGAGCGAAGACUCGGGCAUGCGCUCUGACAACAAGCCGUCCGCAGACGAUCUGUUUGAAGACCGCAACUCUGCUCUCCUUUCCACGUCCAGCACCUGCAGCAGUCUACCAGAGGACCACCCCCUGUCUGGAACCCCGCCCCGACCGGCCACUCCCAACAGCUAUGAGCACACACUUCCGUUUUCAUCACCGCUUAACAGAACCUGCCUUCACAUCAGUCUGAGCGAAGAUGAGCUUCUGGAGGAUGGAAUCUCUCCCACAGAAAGUCCACUUAGUGGCUCACUUAGUUAGUCAUAAGGGCAGUAAAAUCAGGGGUUUAUAACUGGAUAAAAUAUAGCUACUUCAGUACUGUGCAAAAGUUUUGGUGGUUUUAGUACAACAUUUCUCAUGGAUGUAGUUUUUGUAUGUUGAGUUAGACAAAAACUAUUCUGAAUUUCAGACAACAAUAUUCCCCCAAGACGGCAGGUGACGUACUGUAGUGAUUAGCACUGUUGCCUUGCACCUUCAGGUUGUGGGUUCUAUUCCAUUCAUGGAGUUAGCAUGUUCUCCCCAUGCUUGUUGAGUUUUCUCUGUGUACUCUGGUUUCCUCCCACAGUCCAUAGAGAUGCAGAUUAGACUAAUUGGCGUUUCCCAAUAGCCCAUAUUGUGUGGAUGACCAUGAGUGAGUGAAUGAGUUUUAUUGGUAUGCCAGACAAGAAAGCAAAACAUUAUAUAUGGAACCAAAAAAUGGAAGUUGCUGUAAGUUUGCGGGCAAAAAAAGAAGCAGGUGCAGCAGCCCAAUUCCUCAGAAGUACGGUGUUACUGGGUUAUAAAAAAAAGCAAAUUUCCUUUUAAAAUUGAACAAACUGAACCAGAGACUAACUGGUCCUUAAAGCGUAAUCACACAAAAAAUUGACAUAGUUGGCUUUUUUGUUCUACAGCAUAUAUUUGCAUGUGCCUAAGACUUUUGCACAGUACUGUAUAUGGCAGCAAAAGAAAACAAUGGCACAGCAGCGCUCACAACUUUACAGCCGGUAACGACAUCAGAGAGAUCAUGCAUCGUUUUUGUACAAGACUGUUGACACAGAGUGAAAAACUGACUGCUGUGAUUGGAGCAUACUGUCCUGACAAAAUCAACUUUCCUGCUCUGAUGGCACAUAGGUGCUGCAACUUACUGUAGAUGUUGACUCCAGGUUCCCCAGCUCAAUUAUGACCUGUGCGGAAUUGUCCAAAGCCUUCCCGUUUCCAUGUAAGUUUUCUCUGGGUUCUCCAGUUUCCUCCGAAAGUGGCUUAACCUGCCCCAUGAUUUGAACAUGUCUACAUGGUGCCCUGUAUUGGACCGACCUGCCGUUGUGCAUGGCUCAGAGUGUUCCUGGAACAGGUUCCAGAUCCGCUGAAACCCUGACCAGGAUAAACCGGUUACAGAAGGCAUGAAUGAAUGAAUUUUCUGCCUUUAUUAUAUUAUUAAGGACUCACUGGGAUGUAUUCAAAGCUGAAUGAAGCUUGUGUUGUACAGCAUGUGUUGCACAUUUUUUAAAAUUUAAUUUAAAGACCAAAAUUGCGCACAUCAUUAUCCAGAUGCAACCAGCAGAUUUAUCCCAAGUUUAGUUCUUUCCUUUUUUUCAAUUGCAAGUGGAAUUUCCCCAAAACACAACAUUCUUUCAGGGUUUUUUUUGUUUGUUUGUUUUAAGAAAAAUCUCUGCAUUCAAGGGAUUUACAUAAAUUGGAUGUGAAGCCUUAAAAAUCAUUUUUAAGCAUGUGAGUAACUCAUGUCCACAAUAUGAAAAACUUUUCUCAGAUUAGAAUUUUGGACUUAAUUCAAAACCCUGCCCAUAAUUUGCAUAAUUUUAUACAGUGUGUGCAAAUGUGCUGGAAAUGAAUGUACACUGGACUGCUGUGUAUCAAUAGAAAUAUUUUUUUAGAAAAAUGAUUAGGUUAACUUAGAACCUAGAAAGGCAAAGGUAUAGAAAUGAAUUAAUAAUUUUUUUAAUAGCUGCUACUUUUAUUGUUAGAGUUUAUACAUUUCAAGUCCAUGUACUACGUUUUUGCCAGAUUGAAAGUAAAAAUUAAACAUUGCUAAAAUGCUUUGAAGGUUAAAUAGCAGAUAAAGGAAGAAUGCAGAGAAAGUAAGGAAGAGAGCGAAUGGUCUAGGUCAAGAUUGAAAAGUAAUUCAAAUGUGUAUCAAAUAUAUGUGCAGAAAUAUGCAAAGGACAUGGAAAAAGGAACUUAAUCCAGAAAUCUUAAUCAGAACAAAUCACUACUCAUUUAGCUUGGUUUAAGUAAUAGAGAACCACAUGAAGCGAUGUGUAAGUAAAAUUCUAAAUCCUGUUUGUAACACUGCCAUGGUAUCAUCAUCAUCAUCAGCUAGAAAGCCAGACAAGAUUCUUAUCGCACCAUUCUUCAUCAUAAAGAGCGACAGGGAUAGACAGCCUGAAAACUGGAAGGAAAAAAGUGUAAAUUGAAUCUGAGGAAGCGAGACCAAGGUAAAUCAGUUGUCUUGCUCUGUGGAUUUCCUUGUUAUAUUAUUGAUACAGAUAAUAGGUGUAACAGAUGAAAAAGAUUAAAUUAUUGUUAAAAAAAAACAUCUGGUUCUAACCUUGGUCUUAUUUAGUCACUGAGAAGUGGUGACAAUGUAGUAAAUGGCUGCAUAAUGUGAAACAAAAAUAAAAAAUCACAUUGCGAUUCUAUAGACACAAACUGCAGUAUGUAACUUAUGUACAAUUAAGGAUUCAGUCAGCAAACAGCAACUUCUGGCAGAAAUAAAUGGUGUUUAUUAGCUGUAAUAAACUACAGCAUUUUUGCGAUAAGAUAAUUGCACAGAUCCAUGUUGUGUUUUUAAUUUUUAAGCAAUUAAAUGUGCAGCUCUACUGUGGAUUUAAAAUAACCCACUUAACGCAAGUAAACGACUUUGGAGACAGAAAACUGAAAUGUUCAUUAAGAUAUUUAGAGCAUUAAGAAAAAUGUUAGUUUUGUGUACAAGAAACAAAAGGAACAAAAAGGAGAGAAAGAACAAUAGGAAGAGUCAGGAGGGAGUCAGUGGGAAAGGCACAUUUGGAGUGUUAUUGUGGAAGUUAUACUGUAUGUACAGCAAUGCAACUGAAAUAAAAGAAUAAAAUAAAUAAACAAA